UAUUAUACUCUUAUUCUGACUUUCUGUUAUUGUUUGGUUCACAGGUUAAAUUCUUAUUUCAAGUUCUUUAUUGUGAGAGACCCAUUUGAGCGUCUAAUAUCUGCUUUCAAGGACAAGUUUGUGAAGAACCCAAGAUUUGAACCUUGGUACAAGCAUGACAUUGCCCCAGCCAUCAUUCGCAAAUAUCGCAGGAGUCACCAUGAUGAUAGUGAAAGUGUGGGUCUUCAGUUUGAAGACUUUGUACGGUACUUGGGUGACAAAUCAGGCCGACAGCGCUUGGACAGGCAGUUUGGUGACCACAUUAUUCACUGGCUGACAUAUGCUGAGCUGUGUGCUCCUUGUGAUAUUUCCUACAAUGUUGUGGGUCACCAUGAGACUCUGGAGCGUGAUGUUCCUUAUAUUCUAAAAGCUGCUGGUAUCGCUGACCUAGUGUCAUACCCAAAUAUCCCACCAGGGAUAACCCGCUACAACCGAACCAAGGUGGAACGCUAUUUCACUGGAAUCAGCCAACGAGAUGUCCGUCGGCUCUACGCUAGCUACCAGGGAGACUUCAGUCUGUUUGAUUACCAGAGACCUGCCUUCCUAUUGGACUGACGUAGAGAUUUCCUGAUAAUCUUCUUUUUUUUUUUUUUAUAAAUCUCUGAAUUAUAUGGCUGCCUCAAAAAUAGUGUUCAAUUGCCUGGCCUAUAUGGAGUAUAUAUUCUUCUUCUGCACUGAUCUGAGACUUAGUUACUUUACACAUUAUAAUAUGUUUGUAUUUACAUACAUGUUUGGAUUUGGCUUGAUCAGGGAUCUGCACUAGAGGGUAAAUUUAAACAUAAAUUACUAAGAUCAAACCGUGCAUUAGUAAAGUUUAGAUUUUAUUUUAUUUUUCUUUAGUAAUAUCUGUAUUUGCCAUAUGAUAAUGAAGUGACAUAAUAUUUAGAAAGGUUUUAUGGAUUUCAUUAACUGGAUUUUAGACAUAGUAUAUUAGGUAAAGUAGUACUAUAUAAAUGAUCAAAUGUUGACAAUGUUUGUUUGACA